CUACCAGUGAUGGACGAAACACCAAUUUUGCUGCAGGGGUGGCAGGUUCACGAACGCACCACCGCUCUGGUGCAGCACAGCAAAGCGACCCUUCGUACAGGGUUUUUGAUCCCUAUUGUAUGCUACCAGCUCCACAAGAUGGCAUGCCACUAGGCGAUCCUAAUCGUGACUUGUGGAUUAACAAAUUUCUGUGCGACCGGCUUCCACUUAAUCGACGCCUAACCGAAGACGAGUUGGGCACAUGCAAGGCCCUUCCGAAAUGUGGAACGCUGUCAUGUGAGAUGCGGCAGUUUGUAACUGAUGAAUUCAAUAAGAUUCUUACCACUCAGGAUCUAUACAACUACCGCCGAGACCGGGCGCGUCCUUGUGUGCCAGUCAGAGGAAGGUCACUAUACCCGCAUACGUUUCUCCCAAUGGCAGCAGAUAGCGUUGUUCCGACGCUUCUCAGAUGUAGUAAAUGUAGCCGAAACGCAUGCAACAACCGCCUUGGAUAUAAACAUUACACCGUCUUGAUAACGGACGGCAUGGGAACCAGGCUUUUGGUUAUGUAUGCAUUUGUAGAGAGUGAGCAGUUUGCCCCCAUGCGCAAACUGUUCGGCUUCUUCAAAGAAAUGAUAAGCGAAACUUAUCCAGUUAAGACCUUUGUUAUGGACACGUUGGCGGCGCAAAUCGGUGCGGCAAGUGUCGCGUUUGGCUGCGACAUUAUGCUUUGCUAUUUUUAUGUCCGCAAAGCCAUCGGGAAGCACGUUGUUCCUUCGACUGAUCCUCGGCAGCCUGUCAGCGAAAUUAUCAAGGAACAAACUAGCCCUAUAAAAUCCAGCAGAGCAGGACGUUUAGAGCGGUGGGCACAGUAUUCCAUACAGCAAUUCAUUUGGCCACCUGCUUCCUUGGAUACGGAAUUCCGGCCUUCAAUUGAAAGGUGGACUGUGAAGAUGGAGCCGCCCUCAGCCUCAGAAGUUUCUGAGUAUAUAUCUCCACUCAAACGUCGUCGUAGUCCUGGUCCUGGCGACCUUCCACCUGCUUUAUUCACGGAUGGCGGUGAAUUCCUCAAUCAGUGCCCAUCUAGCCUAUUUUUUCCUAUCUGGGUGAAUGAGAUCAGCCCAGAUAGCGUAUCUCUCACUCCAUGUCACACUGGACAGAUUGAACAAUUUAACAUCAAUGAAGUCAUUGAGCCGAAGAGAGUGCUGUUUUCUGUCCCCGAUUCAGAGUGGCAGAAGCAGAGAGGUGGCCAACUCUUGGUCUGGCAGAGGGGUGUUAAAGAGAUUACGGGACGUUCGGGCGCUGUUGGUGCUACUCGCCAUCCAGGAUGGGGACCGCGUGGUCCCCACUGCGCCUGGUUGGAGACGCUGCAAGAUAUGGCUGGUCAUGCCAGCAGAGCCAUCCUGUUACUGUGGCUUCUUCCGGACAUGUUCCACUUCCAGCAAUGGCACCUCAUGCUGUUGGGUGUUUGGGCCCUGGUUGUUUGUGUUUCCCGAUAUGCGAUGCAGCGACAUCAUCUGACGGACAUUCUGGCCGGUGUUCUGCUUGGUUUCUUGCAAUACCACUUUGUCAUCUUGAUUGAUUGGCCUGCAUUGCUCUAUACUUUGUGGUUCGGUCGGUAG